AUGACAUUAGGCAUCUGGCAUAGAUUACGCCAGGCCCAGGAGUCUCGUCACGAGAAGGUCGAGGGUGGAAUAGAGGUAAUCACUAGUCUACCACGGUCACUCCUCGACAUUUUCUCUUCGAUCCAAGACGACUCUUCGGAGGAUGCACUGCUCUCGUGGCCAGGAGAGCUCGGCGAGAUACCGCAGAUCCACCUGUGGGAAGCCUAUCGCUUCGCUGGAGCUCUCACUGGUCGGCGGUUGAGAAGGGGUCGGGGUCUCCCAUCGUCAGCUCCGUCAACGGAGCUCCUGGUCGGUCGCCUUGUGGCAGCCAUCGAUGCCCUCUGCGACACACGGACGCGGUCCGAAUAUGACCAUCUGCUCACAACAAACUCGCUGCUUUAUCCGUAUGUUGCGGCACGGUUGGAGGUUGCCACCUUGCAACGACGGCCUUCUUGGAUGGAGGUGCUGCGCCGUGCUGUCGACAUUUGCCAACCUUACGGCAGAAGCGCGAACGCGUGCAAUAUUGCAGACAUGUUGGAUGAGGCGUGGAAGGCUGGCGAUGAUGAUUACGACAUCGACGAGUAUGCCAGACGGAGGAACGUGGAGAUAGCUCUCUUUUGA